AUGCCGGAGCCGCUUUCCCCCGUUCGCGUCGUCGCAUUCGAUGAGACCGUCGCAUCAACCGCCCCGGUUCACAUCAAAACCGUGUCGGCUCCCGAUCCCCUGGAGGACCAAGUCAAUGGAAAUGCAACCGGGUCGCAAUCAAUUGAACCGGGUCCGCGUGAAGUCGGUGAUGCUGUCGAGCAAUUCCCGAGUGAAACUGCGUCAAUACAAACCGAACCGGCGCAGCCUCCGAUUAUACAGAAGAAAAACAGCAAGACCACCCUGCGGUCUGAUGGACAACGCAGUCUGAAGUCUGCACGGAGUAUCCCGAGUAUCGUUGUCGACGAGCCCUCACGUCCCAGUUCGCGAUGGUCAGAGCGGAAAUGGAGCCCGCUGAAAGGGCGCAAAUCGACCGAGUCUGUACGCGCACGAAGCUCGCCUGCGCCUGCGAUACCAGUGGAAACGCCGCCUUUUGAAGGCAUUACCACGAGCAUUCCAUCCACCGACUUUGGAGACCUGGGUUUGGAUUCAAUGCAAUUUUCGAAACGCGGGAGCUUGUUGAAUGAAAAGAAAUCACACCCGUCCCUUUCAACUCCAUCCAGUGGGUCGACCACUGUACCGUCGACAAACACACCACGAAAGCGCAUGUCUAAUUCUCUGCGUGUUCGCCAAUCCAUCCUCAGUCCCCGGGCUGUGUCAGCUGAUGAGGAUAUGCUAUCGCGGCGAGUAAGAUUGAUGUAUGAAAAGGGCGAGGACAACGUUACAGACGCAGAAAUUAGCCAGGCAAUUGCCGAGGAGAAUGGCGUUUUGUGGGAAGAACCCACCCCGGUUGAAGAUAAUCUGGGCCAGCUUCCUGAAUUAAACAUAUCAACGACGGAUGUUAGAAGCAUCGCCUCGAACGGCGCAAAUAGCUCGAUUAAACGCGAAUCAAAGGAACUCGCAGGCGGGAUCGAGGAUUGGCAGAAUGUCGAUGCGGCCGACGUCGACCGAUACGGAUUCAUUGUACCACGACCAAAAGACGGAGACUGCGCCGAGCCUCAUCCCAUUCAGCGAGUAUCUACGAGUUUGUUGGUAGCCUCGGAGUCACCUCGACGAAGAAAUACCUUUAGGCGCUCGGGGUUAUCGACACACAAGAGUAGCAGCAGGUCACUUGCGAGCAAAUCGCCAUCUCGAGAGCGCAAAAUGUCCGAGUCCUCGAAUCGGCCGAGCUCGUCUCAAAGCGCAUACAGCAUGUCACUUAAAAGAGCGCCCUCUAGAUUCCGUGUUGCAACCAACCGACUCCCUCACAAUAAAGACCGCCGAGUCCGAGACGAAGCUGGCGACAUGCUCACGCUCCCGUUCGAAAUCCCAGAAGCAAGCGAUGAUACUCCUGCAGCACAGGCAAUGAAGAAAAAAGAGUGGGAACGCGAAGACAAAUGGAAGAGAAUGGCCAAGCCAACGAAAAAGGCGCAAGAUGGAAGUGGAAUGACUUUUGAAUUCGACACCCACAGCUCGAAACUAGUUGAGCGCACUUGGAAGGGUAUCCCUGAUAGUUGGAGAGGCGCAGCCUGGUAUGCCUUUUUGGAAGCCAGUGCCAAGAAAAGGAAAAACAGCCCGACGGCGAAAGAGCUGAUUCAGUCGUUCCAUGAGUUCCAAGAUGUAUCGUCGCCGGAUGAUGUUCAGAUCGAUAUCGAUGUGCCGCGAACGAUCAGCAGUCACAUUAUGUUCCGUCGGCGGUAUCGCGGCGGCCAAAGACUACUGUUUCGAGUUUUACAUGCGAUGUCGUUGUAUUUCCCCGACACCGGCUAUGUCCAGGGCAUGGCGGCCCUAACCGCUACGCUGUUGGCCUACUACGAUGAAGAAAAUGCCUUUGUUAUGCUCGCCCGGCUCUGGAUGCUGAGGGGACUUGAGCAGUUGUAUCAAGAGGGAUUCACCGGUCUGAUGGAAGCCCUGGGUGAUUUUGAGAAAGAAUGGCUAGGCAAUGGUGAAGUGGCUAACAAGCUGAACGAGCUUGGUAUUCCACCCACGUCUUAUGGAACACGAUGGUACCUCACGUUAUUCAACUAUUCAAUCCCCUUUCCCGCCCAGCUUCGUGUCUGGGAUGUAUUCAUGCUCCUUGGGGACCGCGACGAGUCCACCAAAGCGAGCGCCAAUGGUGGGCCCGUCUCAAAACCCCAAGCACUACCGUCGACCAGCUCGUUUGGCAAGGGACUAGAUGUCCUACACGCAACUUCGGCGGCUCUGAUCGACGGAAUGCGCGACAUUGUGCUGGAAUCCGACUUUGAGAACGCAAUGAAGGUUCUGACUAGCUGGGUUCCGAUCAAAGAUAUCGAAAUGUUUAUGCGUGUCGCACGCGCCGAGUACAAAGUCCAUCGACAUCGCAAAAAGGGCGGUUAA